GACUCGCUCAGCAGCAGCAUGAAAACUUGCUACAAGUACCUGAAUCAGACCAGCCGCAGUUUCGCAGCUGUCAUCCAGGCGCUGGAUGGGGACAUUCGCCAUGCUGUGUGCGUGUUUUACCUGGUUCUCCGAGCUCUGGACACGCUGGAGGAUGACAUGACCAUCAGUGUGGAGCGGAAGGUCCCCCUGCUGCGGAGCUUCCACACCUUCCUUUAUGACCCUGACUGGCGGUACACGGAGAGCAAGGACAAGCACCGACAAGUGCUGGAGGACUUCCCCACGAUCUCCCUGGAAUUUCGAAGUCUGGCUGAGAAGUACCGAACUGUGAUUGCUGACAUUUGCCAGAAAAUGGGAAGUGGGAUGGCAGAGUUUUUGGAUAAGCACGUGACCUCCAAACAGGAGUGGGACAAGUACUGCCACUACGUCGCCGGGCUGGUGGGAAUCGGCCUCUCUCAGCUCUUCUCAGCCUCGGAGUUCGAAGACCCUGUGGUUGGCGAAGACACGGAGCUGGCCAACUCCUUGGGCCUGUUUCUGCAGAAAACAAACAUCAUUCGCGAUUACCUGGAAGACCAGCAGGAAGGACGGGAGUUUUGGCCUCAGGAGGUCUGGGGCAGGUAUGUCAGGAAGCUGGCGGACUUCGCUCAGCCCGAGAACAUUGACGUGGCCGUGCAGUGCCUCAACGAGCUCAUCACCAACACGCUGCAGCACAUCCCCGACAUCAUCACCUACCUGUCCCGGCUCCGGAACCAGAGUGUGUUCAACUUCUGCGCGAUUCCACAGGUCAUGGCCAUCGCCACCCUGGCCGCCUGUUACAACAACCAGCAGGUGUUCAGAGGGGUGGUGAAGAUCCGCAAGGGCCAGGCAGUUACCCUGAUGAUGGACGCCAACAACAUGCCAGCCGUCAAAGCCAUCAUAUGCCAGUACAUGGAAGAGAUCUACCACCGGAUCCCCAGCUCAGACCCGUCCUCGGAGAAGACGAGGCAGAUCAUCUCCACCAUCAGGACGCAGAACCUCCCCAGCUGCCAGCUGGUGGCCCGGAGCCACUACUCGCCCAUCUACCUGUCCUUCGUCAUGCUCGUGGCCGCGCUGAGCUGGCAGUACCUGAGCGCCCUGUCGCAGGUCACAGAGGACUACGUGCACGGGGAGCGCUGAGCGGGCCGAGCCGGGGUCACGCAGCCGGGCGGACUUCCACCCGAGGGUGGGACCGACGGCUUUUCUUCCUGUUCUGACCCUGCGAGAGCUCCGUGUGCUUGGAUCUUCAGAAACUGUGACAUGCAUUUGCAGAGUUGGGAAUGACAGCAGAGGCCGCCUGCCCUCGGCGCUGCCGCCUGGGUCUCUGUCCCCGCCUCACUUUGGCGACAGGGCUACCUGCGGGCCGUGCGUGUGGGCAGUGGUCUCGUCCUGUGGGAAUCCUGGCUGGAAUGAUGAUUAAGUGUAUUUAAUUUGAAGCAGCUUUGAAUAUCAAACAGGAAAGGAGGUGCAUUUUCCUUCUGU